AUGGACAGUGUCUGUGACGUCAGGGAAAGCAGGGCCUAUAAAUUCGGCCAACUGCCUUCAACGCCCUCACUGUUCUUCUGGGCUGAGCUAUGGGGAAUGGUGGCUCUACCGUGUCCAAACCAUCCUCUGACAGCUAUUGAAGAAGACGUGAUCACCAAAGAAAAUGGCACCUCCGAAAUUGAGCCCUCUGAAACAGAGAUGGCGAAAGCGGAGACCUCCAAACCAGAGCCAUAUGAUGCAGAACCAAAAAAGGCAAAGCAGAAGACAGCUAAGGGCCGCUGUCGCCGUCGCAGGCUCUGCCAUCAUGACAAUUUCUCAAGUUUUGCUACCUAUUUCCCUAGGGUGCUGAGGCAAGUACAUACAGGCCUGAGUCUUUCCCACGACUCCGCAAACCUCCUGGAUUCAUUUGUGAAAGAUAUGUUUGAGCCGAUUGCCGAAGAGGCCAGGCGCCCGGCCCACUACAACAAGCGCCACACCAUCACGCGCAAAGACAUCGAGACAGCUGUGCGUCUUCUGUUGCCUGGGGAGCUCCGCAAGUAUGUAACCGAGGCCACCAAGUCGCUCAUCAGAUACCACACCUGCAGAUGA